AUGUCUUCAUCAUUAUCAUCAAAUAUUUUUUCAUAUGAUUACUUAAUGUCUACUGAUCAUGCUAAAAAAAGAACAUUAUAUGUUUUAGCAUGCAAAAGUGCUCAGUAUAUUUUGCCUUAUAUUGAUCUCUCAAAGAAACAAACAAACACCCUAAGCAUCCUAAGUAUCCUAAGCACCCUAAGUAUCUUAAAUAGUUCUACUACACAAUUAGAUUCAGACAAAUGGAUUGAUAAAAAUGUAGUUACAGAGAUCCAUUUAGAUAUACUUGAUGAUAAUGAUACUUUACUUGAUUAA